GCAGCAAAUGGCCACUGGCCUCUUAGACCUUAAUUCACUCUGAGCCCCAAAGCUGCUUCUGCUCCUGACGUCCGUCCUGGCGUGUGCGUGUCUCCGGUGGUUGUUUAUAAACAGCGGCCCAGCUGCUGAGGUUAUUAUGGUCUCCUCCCCCGUUCGGGUUGGGCUCUUUCAGACUGGUGCCCUGGGAGUGAGAGGAGAUAAAAGUGAAAUAUCCCUGACAUCUCCACUGCUGUUAAGCAAAAUCUUCCAUCAGACACUAAACUCAUUUGGACACCUCUUCUCAGUCAGGAAGUGAAAGCAGACAGAUGCUGGUGAAUGCCCCAUGGCCGCGGCUACCACAGUUCAUUUGUCCACUACCCACCAUAACUUGGAAGCUUUCUUUAGGUCAGUUCAUCUUCUGGGACCCCUCCCUGCCUUCUGGUUUCAUACAUACAGGAUGACUCAGCAAUGGGAUGGAUGUUCAAACACCUGAAAGGUGCUGAUGUUAGACAGGAACUUCCACAUUCUUUGGAGAGAUCUAUUGUACUUGAAAACGUACAGAAAGCUUUGUACCUUCAUUACAUCACACCACUCUAGUACCUGAAAUUGUUUGCUCUCAAAAUGAAGAGAAUCAGGCGGACUGUUAAAACUGAGAACUCAGUUCUCCAAGCACCACAAAGAUCAAAAAAGCAGAAAACAUUUUUCUAUGGAUCAGCAUUUGGCAAGUCUCACCUGCAAACCUUGAUGGACUGGGGAACCCUGCCACUCCAUGUAGUUUUACAUAUUUUUCAGUUCUUGCCUUUAGUAGAUAGAGCACGGGCAUCUUCUGUUUGCCGAAGGUGGAAUGAAGUUUUUCAUAUUCCUGACCUGUGGAGGAAGUUUGAAUUUGAGCUUAACCAACCAGCUACUUCUUAUUUAAAGUCUACUCACCCCGAUCUGAUUCAGCAAAUUAUCAAGAGACAUGCUGAUGAUCUGCAGUAUGUCAGCUUCAAGGUUGAUAGUAGUACUGAGUCUGCAGAAGCUGCCUGUGACAUCCUUUCUCAAUUGGUGAAUUGUUCUAUCAAGACAUUAGGUUUGAUUUCAACAGCAAAACCAAGUUUUAUGAACGUCUCCAAGGCUCAUUUUGCAUCAGCACUGACAGUAGUUUUUGUAAACUCCAAGUCAUUAUCAUCCAUCAAAAUUGAUGACACACCAGUUGAUGAUCCAUCUUUGAAGGUUCUUGUUGCUAACAAUAGCGAUACUCUAAAACUGCUAAAAAUGAGCAGCUGUCCUCAUGUGUCACCUGCUGGAAUUCUUUGUGUUGCCGACCAGUGUCAUGGCCUUAGGGAACUGGCUUUGAAUUAUUACAUACUAAGUGAUGAACUGCUGCUGGCUCUCUCUAGUGAGAAACAUGUUAAUCUUGAACAUCUUCGCAUAGAUGUUGUGAGUGAAAAUCCUGGACAAAUUGAAUUUCAUACUAUUAAAAAGCAAAGUUGGGAUGCACUUGUUAAGCACUCCCCCAAAGUCAAUAUUGUGAUGUACUUCUUUUUAUAUGAAGAGGAAUUUGAUGCAUUUUUCAGAGAAGAAACUCCUGUUACGCACCUUUACUUUGGUCGUGCAGUAAGCAAAGCCAUGUUAGGUCGUAUUGGAAUGAACUGCCCGAGGUUGAUUGAAUUGGUGGUAUGUGCUAAUGGACUUCAGCCACUGGAUGAUGAACUCAUUUGCAUUGCUGAACGCUGUAAGAACCUAACAGCGAUGGGCCUUGGUGAAUGUGAGGUUACCUGCAGAGGUUUUAUUGAGUUUGUAAAGAUGUGUGGAGGGAGGCUCACCCAGCUUUCUAUUAUGGAGGAGGUACUAAUUCCAGAUAAUGAUUACAACCUGGAUCAAAUUCAUUCAGAAGUCUCGAAACACCUUGGAAGAAUGUGGUUCCCUGAUAUGAUGCCUACCUGGUAAACUAGCUAUAGAAAGUAUUACUAUAUGGUUAAAACUGGUUAGAUCAAGAUGUUGCUUACUAUGCAAAUAAGAAAUUAUAAAAUAAAGCAUCAAAACUUAAUUUUAAAUUUCUCAAGUUUAAUAAACUGCAUAUAGGCUAAAGCGAAGUGCUUGAGUGACAGUGUUACAUUAAAUUAGAAAAUAGAAGCUCGUAUAGUUAACAAUAGAUACAUUGAAAGGAUGUCUGUGGGUUAGAGAUGUUUCUUCCUCCAAUUAAAUUAAGCAUAUUCAUUUGGCCUCUGUUAAAUUAAAUUGUUCCAUUAAACACACUUAGUACAAAGUUUUUUAAGGAGUUCUGUGAUGUUAGUCUUUCUGAUGUGGUUAAAGGGAGUCUGAAGCUAGCCUGCUUGAUAGGGAGUUAAAUGGAACUUUCAGGUAAACUAUUAUUUGCAGUGUUUAUCCACUUGUUCAUCAAAAAAUUAUUAGUGAACAUGCAGAACAAAUACUUUGUAUCAUAAUAGCAAUCUGAAAUAGUGUAGCUAAUUAAAUCUGUUUUAAUGUGCUUGUAUACGUGUUUCAAUAUUGUGGCAAAUUAAGGACUUAUGCCGCAAUAAAGAAAUUUUUUUAUUUUAACUCUGUACUCAAUUUUUACUUUAUCAGUAAGUUAUACCAUAAAGAUAGUGUUGUAUAAUUCAUUGUUUCUCUUCCUAUGUACUGACUUACCUGUACAGGAAAAAAACAAACCUUGUUAAAAUUGAUGUACCUAAUUCAUGGUGUUUCAGUUCUUGGCUAAGCAGUGAAGCACUUUGGUAACUGUAUAUAGGAAAUAGUAGCUCUUUCAUUUGAUAAAGUGUAUACUUUUAUCUUUAAGACCAGUUUUUUUUAUCUUAAAUACUAAACUGUCAGGAUUCUGUCCCAUGCUCCCUUCACAAAGGGUCUAUUAAGAUGUCCCGAAAUGGUCACGGUUCUAUUCCUCUUCCUGGUGUAGGGAUUGCUAUGAUAUCUCAGCAACACCAGCACAGAAGUAUGCUGGUAGGGAGGAGAGUGUGAUUGGGGUGUACCACCUGGAUCCAGUUCUUACCCCACCUGGCAUAAAAUUGAAAGCUUAGAGCAACGCAAGGCUUUUCUAAUGCUAGGGGCCAAACUGGCCCCAUUAAGCCCUGGGAAUUGGGGAGCCUCAGCUGUGCCUCACAGAACUCUGCCAUAACCACUAAGUCCUCCUAUAGUGAGUGUCGGGGGCUGAUCCUGUUUUCAUUAAGGCCUUGGCUACACUUGCACAUUAUACCGCCAUAAAGCCGCCCAGAGUGCUCUAACUCACUCCCUGUCCGCACUGGCAAGGCACGUAGAGCGCUCUGACUCCCUUGCUAGUGUCCUCACCUCCCCAAGAGGGAUACGGUUUGCUGCGUAUUGGGUGAGAUGCUACAACGUCAGUGUGAACGAGGAGUUAAGGUACAGCGCCCUGAUUGCACUCCGGAAGUGUCCCAUAAUCCCAUUAACUGAAGUGGCCUCUCUUGUCUUUGUUCUGAACUCCGGCAGGAAUGUGGAAGUGGCCCUUGCAAAGCUCCGUUUUGGAGUGCCAGCUGCUUAUCAGCUCUGAGGAAAAAAAACCAAACAGCUAAUGUUUGCUUUGAGUGAGUGAGAGAGAGGCGGGGGAGGGAGAGGGAUCUGUACUUACAAGACAGUGUGCUGACACACUCUCAGCACCCCAAAAACCCACUCUCUCCCCCCACAUACACACAACACACUCCAUGCCACCCCCUUCCCCUUUGAAAAGCACACUGCAGCCACUUGAACGUGGGGAUAGCUGUCCAUAAUGUACCACUUCCAGUGCAGCUGCAAAUGUGGCCCCCCCAGUGUGCUUUCACCUGUCACUGUGGACAGACUGCAGCACUUUCCCUACUGCGCUGUAUGAGGCUGGUUUAACCCAAAGUGCUUUACAUCUGCAAGUGUAGCCAAGCCCUAAGUUGCAACCUAAAUGAAUGUCCUGCCUGUGUAAGGACUGCAGGAUUGACUUGUUGCAUAUCCACACUAAAGAAUCCUGUGGUGAAGGCGAUCUUUCUUUUACUUGAAAUGGGGUAAAUGUUGUUAGUACAAAGCAGAUCAUGUGUUUGUUUUUUGUGAUCCACUUUUAUACACUAAUGUAAAUUGUAGUGCAUUGUACCAUAGUUUGUCUAGCUACCUGCUUGUAGCAGCAAAUCAGAGAUGUGUGCAUUUGGUUGAUCUGUAUUAGGUUUGUCACAUCAAAGUAAAAGCCAAGUAGAGUUACUUCCUUCGUUAAUCUAAUUUCUCUGCUGUACAAAUAAUUUUGGGUUAGGUGUUGGCUAACUCCUCCAUUCCUUCAAACAGAAUGGUUUGAACAGUUAUACACAACAUAAAAUAAGAGCUAAUUGGGAUAAAACACACUAAAUGUAUUUGAAUUGAUCAAUAGUGAGUUUUUACAAACUAUACAAGACAAAUAUUGUAGUAGAGACUGUGUAAUAUCACUUGUUAACUAAGCAGUUCGUAAGUGGUAAAUUAAUAAUCUAAAUUAGUUCCAAAUAUUAUUUUAAUGAAGGUUUUUGUAAUUUUUGUUUAAACUGUAAAUUUAAUAAACUGAUCUAAUUUGCCCACUGA